AUGCUCCAUGCAUUUCUAGGCGAUGAAGCAUUCCGUUCCGGUUUGUCACUGUAUCUUAAAAAGCAUGCUUACGGAAAUGCUGUCACAGAAGAUCUUUGGGUUGCUCUUAGUUCAUCUUCAGGUAUAGAUGUUGGAAGUAUAAUGCGUCCAUGGACUCGCAAUGUUGGAUUCCCAGUUGUAUCUGUUUCACCGUUAAGCGUGACUAACAAUCAGUUAAAAGUGAAGUUAUCACAGGAACAGUAUAAACUCCGAUCGGAAUUUACAAAGGAUUCAACAGACGAUGGCAAACUUUGGCCUGUACCAAUAUCACUCACUUGUUCUACUAAAAAUGGAAAGUAUUCACUUGUAUUUAAGCAUAUUUUAAAAUCUGCAUCAGAAGAAGUUGAUAUCCCGCUCAACUGGCCUAUCAAAACAAUCAGUCUUGAUGAUUGUGUAAUACGCGCGAAUGCAGAUGCAACAGGAUUUUAUCAUACACGAUAUGAUGCAAAACAAAUGAAUACUUUAAUUGAUGAUAUGAAAUUGGGUCAAUGGACAACUUCUAGUCGUUUUAUGUUCAUUAACGAUGGAUUCGCACUAGCUAAAGCUGGUUAUAUCAGUAUCCAUGACUGGCUUCUAAUGUUACCAAAGUUACUCAGUAAUGAAAAGGAAUAUGCUGUUUGGCGUGGUGUUCUUGGCGAUGGCCUUAAUGGAUAUAUUAGACGAAUUGUUCAAUCCAGUGAUAUUUCUCCUAAACUUUACAAUAAUUUCUUGUUGAGUUUAGUUCGUCCAUUAAUAGAUAAAUUAGGUUCUAAAAGCCUGGAACCACUGCCACAUAAUUCUAGUUUGAUGAGAUCGUUACUUCUGUCUGUUGCUGGUGGUCAAGCAGAAGAUGCUGAUAUUAUUCAACACGUCAAACAAUGCUUCGAAGAUCAUCGAUCCGGUGUAAAAGAAAUACCAAAUGAUUUACGUUCAACAUUUUACAAGAUAGCUGUACGCCAUGGUCCUUCAGAUGUUGUAUCAUAUCUCAUGAAUACCUACAGUUCUACGAAUUCUCCAGAAGAACGCAAUCAUAUUCUUUGGGCUCUUGGUGCAGCCAGAGAGACAAAUUAUAAUAAUGUCGGUGAUGCAUCUUCUUCACCAUUGUUAGAUGUUCUACGCUUUUGUUUAGAUCCAAAUGGUCCAGUCAAAGAUCAAGAUAGGAUCCAUGGUCUAAUUGCUUGUUCAUCUUCGUCUCUUCAAGCUAGACGGUUGACAUGGAAUCAUAUAAAAAGUGAAUGGGCUAGAAUUACUGAAUUGUACAAGGGUCACUUUUUACUGCCUAGUCUAUUGGAGGAUGUUUUAUCCGGAUUUUCCACGAAGUCUGAUUUAGCUGAAAUUAGAGAAUUUUUCAAUGCAAAUCCAGUGUUUUGUGUACGUACUUUAAAUCAAGCUUAUGAAACUGUGUCUAUAAAUGCUGGUAUCCUUGAACGUGAUUCUCCAUUGGUGGCAAAAGCGUUGAACGCUUUAUGCAGUAAUUCUGGUUAA